GACUUCGGUGCACAGACACACGCGCCUCGUCCACGCGGGCUCCGUCCACGCAGAUGGGCACGCGUGCGCUCGGAUACCCAGCCAGCUUCCCUUCCCCUCGUCAGUUAAGCGGGCUGGGCUGCUGGGCAUAGGGUAGGCAGUGAGAUUCACGGGAGAAGGAUAUCAGGGGGCGAGGGCUAGCGAAUAAGCACCAAUUAAGCGCUUACUUUAUAGCUGUUACAGCCUUUUUAUUACGAGACUUGGAACCUGAAACAUUAUGAAUGUGAAUGACCUCAAGUGUAGGUUGUCCAUAGCUGGGCAGGAUCACCUGCUACAAUUCUGGGAUGAGUUGGAAGGAACCCAACAGGAGGAACUUUAUGAAGAACUACAAGCUAUUAAUUUUGAGGAGCUGAACUGCUUUUUCCAAAAGGCCAUGGAAGGAUUUAAUCAGUCUUCUUGUCAGGAGAAGGUAGAUGCCCGGAUGGAGCCUGUACCCCGAGAGAUAUUGGGCAGUGCCACAAGGGACCAGGAGCAGAUCCAGCACUGGGAAAGGGAAGGGUUUCUUCAGAUUUCCCAAAACAAAGUGGCGGUUCUUCUCCUGGCUGGUGGUCAGGGCACAAGACUUGGUGUGGCAUAUCCCAAAGGAAUGUAUGAUGUGGGUUUGCCAUCGCAUAAAACUCUCUUCCAGAUCCAAGCUGAGCGCAUUUUGAAACUACAACAGCUAGUUGAAAAACAUCAUGGCAGCCAGUGCAUCAUUCCUUGGUACAUUAUGACCAGUGGCAGGACAAUGGAAUCUACAAAGGAAUUCUUCUCAAAGCACAAGUACUUUGGUUUAAAAAAGGAGAAUAUAAUCUUUUUCCAACAAGGAAUGCUACCUGCUAUGCAGUUUGAUGGGAAAAUUAUUCUGGAAGAGAAGAGCAAAGUUUCCAUGGCUCCAGAUGGGAAUGGCGGUCUUUACCGAGCUCUUGCAGCCCAUGGCAUUGUGGAAGAUAUGGAGAAAAGGGGCAUUUGGGGAAUCCACGUCUACUGUGUUGACAACAUAUUGGUGAAAGUAGCAGACCCACGUUUCAUUGGAUUCUGCGUCCAAAAGGGAGCAGACUGUGGAGCAAAGGUUGUGGAGAAGACAAAUCCUACUGAGCCUGUCGGGGUAGUGUGUAGAGUUGAUGGUGUCUACCAGGUGGUGGAAUAUAGUGAAAUCUCCCUGGCCACAGCCCAGAGGCGAAGCCCCGAUGGACGGCUGCUGUUCAACGCAGGGAACAUUGCCAAUCACUUCUUCACUGUGCCUUUCCUGAAAGAUGUGGUCAACAUUUAUGAACCACAGUUGCAGCACCACGUGGCUCAGAAGAAGAUUCCAUAUGUGAAUACCCAGGGGCAGCUCAUUAAGCCAGACAAACCAAAUGGGAUAAAGAUGGAAAAAUUUGUCUUCGACAUCUUUCAGUUUGCUAAGAAGUUUGUGGUAUAUGAAGUAUUGCGGGAAGAUGAGUUCUCGCCUUUGAAGAAUGCAGACAGUCAGAAUGGGAAGGACAAUCCUACGACCACACGGCAUGCGUUAAUGUCCCUGCAUCAUUGCUGGGUCCUCAACGCUGGGGGCCACUUCAUAGAUGAAAAUGGAUCUCGUCUUCCUGCCAUUCCUCGCCUGAAGGAUGCCAAUGACCUGCCCAUUCAGUGUGAAAUCUCGCCUCUUGUCUCCUAUGCUGGCGAAGGCCUUGAAAUCUAUGUGGCAAAUAAAGAAUUCCAUGCUCCUUUAAUCAUUGAUGAGAAUGGUGUCCAUGAGUUAGUGAAGAAUGGCAUCUGAGCUACAUGGCGGUGCCAUAUGUCCACAUGGGUCACUUUCAUUUGUAAUGGGCCAGCUGGAAAGGAGUGCAAAGAGCAGUCAUUGAAGGCUGAAGUUUGAGAAUCUGUUGGGUUAAUCGUUUCACUUGUUUCAGCUAUUGCAAACUCCAUGGAGAGCCCAAUGCCCAGACUGAGAGCAAGGAUUUCCUUCUGGCUUUUGGCUCAUUGAAGUUCUUAUUUAUAUUUUUUAUUCUACAUUUUCUUCCCAGAGAAGGAAGACAUUGGCUCUACAAGGAGAUUUCCUCUAGCUUAAACACCAUCAAAGGUGUUUCUUGCUGUCUUACUCAGAAUUGAGGAAUGUUUAUUUUUGAAAUUGUAUAUAGUAAUAAACCAUUGUACACGAA